AGAGGGUCAGGGUCAGUUCAGUACAGACAGGGUCAGUAUAGUACAGACAGGAUCAGGAUCAGUACAGUACAGACAGGGUCAGUUCAGUACAGAGAGGGUCAGUACAGGACAAACAGGAUCAGGAUCAGUUCAGUACAGACAGGGUCGGUUCAGUACAGUGAGGGUCAGGGUCAGUUCAGUACAGACAGGAUCAGGAUCAGUACAGACAGGAACAGUACAGGCAGUGUCAGUACAGACAGGGACAGCCUGGGUAAGUUGAGGGUCAGGCCCCGGUUCCUGACGUGUCGGCCCUUUCCCAGAAUGCUGUCUUUGCCACGUAUUGAGCCGGAGCGGAUCCGGAUCUUCGUGUGAAAACUUCGCCUCCUGAGUCCGGCUGGUAAUGGGGGGCUCUCAGAGUGUGGAAAUACCCGGCGGAGGCAGCGAGGGAUACCAUGUUCUCCGAGUUCAAGAAAAUUCCCCUGGUCACAGGGCUGGCUUGGAGCCUUUCUUUGAUUUUGUUGUUUCUAUUGGGGAUGCUAGAUUGAAUCAGGACAAUGAUACUCUAAAAGAACUUUUGAAGGCCAAUGUGGAGAAACCAAUUAAAAUGGUUGUCUACAGCAGCAAGACACUCAAACUAAGAGAAACUACAGUAACUCCCAGCAACAUGUGGGGAGGUCAAGGCUUGCUUGGAGUCAGCAUUCGCUUCUGCAGCUUUGAGGGAGCUAAUGAAAAUGUGUGGCAUGUGUUGGAAGUGGAACCAAAUUCUCCGGCUGCUUUAGCUGGUCUUCGUCCUCACACAGAUUAUAUAAUUGGAGCAGACACUGUCAUGAAUGAGUCUGAAGAUCUCUUCUCUCUGAUAGAGACCCAUGAAGGAAAACCUUUGAAAUUGUAUGUCUACAAUACAGACACAGAUAACUGUCGGGAAGUAGUUAUCACACCAAAUACAACGUGGGGUGGAGAAGGCAGCCUAGGGUGUGGCAUUGGAUAUGGCUACUUGCAUCGAAUUCCAACUCGUCCAUUUGCAGAGGGUAAAAAAAUAAGUCUUCCAGGACAGAAACCAGGCACACCAGCCAGUCCAUUAAAGGAUGGUUUCACAGAGGUUCAACUAUCUGCUGUUGCCUCACCGUCUGCUGCAGCCAGCCUACAGCAGGGAUUAUCAGGACUUUCAUUGGGUACUGCUCCCUCUUCUGCUCCCAGUGUUCUUAAUACAGCUGUUCCAACGGUUCCAUUGUUGCCUUCAUCGAUGAAUUCAUCUCCAGGCAUAGUUUCAACAACAAAUGUAAAUGUUGAUGCAACCAUGCCAGGUCUAAUGCCGUUGCCAAGUGGACUUCCUAAUUUACCCAACCUACCUAACUUGAAUAUCCCCCUACAAAACCUUGCUCCAGUAACCUUACCAGGAAUAGGUGUGAUCUCUCCACCAACUGGUUUUCCACCAACUGCUCAGAUGCCGCCACUCACGCUUCCUGGACUGCCCCCCCUUACAAUGCCCACCAUGUUUCCUUCACAAUCGCCCUUGAUUACUGAAGCAAAAGCUGGUCUAACUGAAACAAUUUCUGCCAUUUCUACAGGAAUAGGUGGUUUUAAUGUUCCUGCCUCUGCUGAACAAACCCCUGCCCUCAUUUUGGAUACUGGAACUGUUUCCAUGACAACUGCUGACAUCAAGGCAACUGCAUCACCUAAUGCAAAUAAAGAUGAACCAUCUUCCAUUUCCACAGACACACAAGCUUCUUCUGAGUCUUAAAACAAGAGUUGAUUAAUGUAUUUAUUCAGCUGCAGAAAGCUUGUUCUGAAAUUAAAACGUUGUAAAGGAUAGGCUGGCAUGAUCACAUCUCAAGGAGCUUUAAAACAUUGUACAUAAUUGUAAGGAUGAGGUAAAUAUAUAACCUUUAAUACAAUUGGGAUAGUUUACCACAUUAAGUCAUGGGAUUACUUUUGAUGUAAAUGGAAAAUAAAUUAUUUUAUCAGAUUCGGAUUCAAUUACCUCUCUUCCGCUCCCCUCGCCAGAUGAGGUUUGUUUCUGCUACAGCAUGUUUGCUGUUCAGUUAUGUAUUUGUUGCAUAUAGGUGGCAUCUUGUUUGUAAUUUCUUCUAGCCUGUACAAUUUGCAGAUCAUCAGGUCAGUAUUUGCUGUAUCAUUAAAACAUCCCACUGUUUUUAAAUGAUGAUUUAAGGGGAAUACUGUAGGUGAACAUUUAUGUGCAGCUAAAUUCCAGUAGGUGUCACUGUGAAUAUAACAGAAUAUAUUUGAAAGAGGCGAUCUAGCAAUAAAUUCUACUAGGAAAGCUUGUCCUGAAUUCACUUAAUUUCAAAUUCUGGCAUUUUUCAGAAUAUAAGGAAAAUUCUAUUUUUUAAAAAAGCCACCUUGUGAGCUUGUGUGCCAAAAUCUAAUGUUGCUUCUGUGUACUUAACCUGGAAAUCCUAUGACUUCAUGAGGAUUAAGUGAGUCAUAUGGUAUGAGACAAAGUAGAAAUGCUUGAAUGUAAAGUACUAACAGAUUCAGCAUUUGAAUAAAUGUAAUCAUGUGAAAUGUUUUGAACAUAAAUGUGAUGCCAUUUUAAAAUGCUAGCUACUAUUGAGUGGCUCUCAAUGUCUUUGAAGAAAUAAUAGACAUAUAAUACUUGAAGAAUGAGCAAAAACAUAUUGUUGAGGGGCUUUUCAUGCAAGGCAGUGGUCAAAAAGCUCAUUUGAAAAUGCAAUGGAAGCAGGAUAUUGUUAGUACUGGGAGACACAACAGGAAUCGUCGCAGUCACGAAUCUUGAACAAUUUUCAAGUUUUUCUAAUUUUAUCUCAAACUGCUUGUUCUGACUAAGCUAUAACAAAGCAGAAGCUGUCAGUAUGAUAAAGAUUUGAGGAGAAUUUAGGACUGGUAGAUUUACCAUUGGAGGAAUAGUUUAGAAUUGAGUUGAACAGAUAAUUAGCUUGUGGAUUGUAAAUUUUAGUAUAUGCUGGCUGCCCUGAUUUGUUUAACAUGCGGCUGACUACAAACCAAAGCCAGGAGCCAAUUAUUAGUAGUAUCUAGCCUGAAGGAAGCAGAGCAUUUUUAGAUAUGGAUGCAAUAAAGCUCUGUUAAUUUCCUUAUUUGAUAUAGGUUGAUGUAGAAGCUUUAGACACUGGAUAAGAAAGGAUUAAAAACUGAAGGGUAUUUUAAGCAAAUUAGUCGAAUAAAAGAUCUUUAUUGUGUCAACAGUAAGAUAGAAAGGGAUAGAAAAUAAAAAUCUAAUUAUCAGUUUAAGAUCAAAAUUGCAUUUAUUUUGUUCGUGUCCCAUUUCAAAUAAGUUUUUUUUUCUUGUGCUAGUGAUGUGAAUACCUUUGCUCUUCAAAUUAUACUCUGCUAUGAACAAAAUGUUAUUAACAUUAAAAAUAAAGCAAAGAACCGCGGAUGCUGGAGAUCUGGAACAAAAUGGAAAUUGCUGGAAAAACUCAGGUCUAGCAACAUCUGUGGAGAGAAAGCAAUGUUGAUGUUUUGGUCUGGUUACCCUUCCUUAGAAUUCUAGUCACUGGACUGAAAAAUUAUCUCUGCUUUGCCUCCACAGAUACCGCCAGAUCUGCUGAGUUUCUGCAGCAAUUUCUGAUUUUAUUACAUUACAAUAACGUAUUAGAAAAUGAAAUAUAGGAUAAGGCUAUGCUUUAUCUCCUUAUGCCCGCACCUUAAAUAAAUUUUGAAUUCAAAGUGA